AUGGGACAGGGACAGGUGGCUCCAUGCGUGUCCCUGUCCCUUAUGCCUGAGUCUCCCCAGAGGUUGGGGGGCAGGGGACAGGGGGACAGCUGCUCCCACCCCUGUGUGGGCAGCGACAAAAUUCCCUCCACCCGGCUACUCUGUGCCUCAUGGGGAGACCGCUCUGGGGGUAUGUACAGGGGACAUCCGUGGGGACAUGGGACUCCCAAAACAUCCCAUCGCCUGCGUGCCGGGGGUCCCCCCACCCCCAGCUGCAGCCCCCGGGAUGCCGAGGUGUCUUCACCCAGGGCUGUGCCCACCUGCCCUGGCUCUUCCCCAGCUGUUGGAGAUUUUCCCCAUAGAAAAUCCCACGGGACGCAAAAUUUUCCCCUGGGGAAGCGGGGGCUCAUCCCUAAGGGCAACUCUCGGGACCAGAGCUGCACAUUCCAGGCAGGGAGCGGGGGACAUCGAGGACACUUCUCCCGGCCCCACCGAAGGGGCACAACCAGGGGGUCCCCACGCAGGGGGACAGCGGGGUCGCCAGCAGCCGGAGCCGUGGCUCGUCCCCUCCUGGGAUGUCCCGGGGCGGUGUCGGUGGAAGCCGCCUCCGAGCAGGAACGAGGAAGGGGGAGCUGGGAACUGGCUCCGUCCCCCGGAUCUCCCGGUGCUCCAACGGCUGCGGGUGGCCGUGGGCCAGCAGCCACCGCUCCAGCAAAAUAUUUACCCGAGUGGCACCGAGCCAUGGACCAGCCUCCCGCCCGCCCGGCACCACGCGGCAAAGCUCGGCAAAACACGGCGCAGCCCAGCUCUGGGUGGCAAAUCUUGGCUCUGGGUGGCAAAUCUCGGCUCUGGGUGGCAAAGCCCAGCUCUAGGUGGCAAAGUCCAGCUCUGGGCGACAAAUCUUGGAUCUGCGUGACAAGUCUUGGCUCUGUGUGAUAAAACCUGGCUCUGAGUGACAAACUUGUCACUGUAGCACAGCGCAGUGACCAGCCGGGUGGGGACAAAUCAGGGACAGGCGCCAGCAGAGCCCAGUGUCUUCAUGGAGACCAAAACCUUGGGACAAGAUCCGUGCGCUGCUGAUGCGUCCCUGCCCUUCUGGAGCACCGUCCUCGCUGGACACGGAUCCAGGAUGGAAAAGAACCUGACCCCGGCACAGGGGGGUCCCCAUUCCUGCCCCACACCCCCUCUCUGGAGGCUGUGGGUGGAGGUGCAAGGGCGUGAGCCCCUCGCCGGCCGCGGCGCCCCGACACGUGUCACAAUAGUAAUGUAAUUUGUCCGUUAACAAUGGGCAGCUUGAGGUUUAUAUUUAAUUACACCGAUCGCACCAACCUGAA